AUGUACUCAAACAAGGAUGAUUGCUCUGCGUCCGACAUAAGAGCACAAAAGCUGUUCACUUUCUUUGGUUCCUCACUCAUGCCCACAAUUCAAUCACUUUUGAGUCAGUCGUCCUCGUCCAGCGACUCGCCGGAUCUUGAGGAAGUCGAUGGCUCUUCCCACCUCCCAGGUUCCGGCCGUCCUGGUGACAGAAACAGCAGUGGAAGCAUAUUUGCCUCAGCUGAGGCUAUUUUGGCUCAAUUUUUUUCAACACCUGCCACUUCGGUAGAUUCGAGCUCCAGCCAGCCACAGCUUUGUGAAUCCAGUGCGAGAGCCUUGAUUAAUGGUCAGUCAGGCGAGAUAGAGCUCAAAGCUUAUAGUGAAGAUGAUGAGGAAUGCGAAAGUCAUAGUCCAGACGGGGAGGAGGAGGUUGAAGAGGAUAUCGUAAGUUGUGGAGAUCAUCUUCUUCAUCUGAACGAUUCUUUGGCUAUGUCUAGUUCUCAAUCCAGCGACACCGAACUCAGUAUUGACACAUCGAGUGGCCAGACUGCCAAUCUUGUGAAGUUUACAGCCACUACUAUUUCCGGCUCCAGGAGUCCCAAUCACAUUAGGUCUUACCAAGCUGAUAGGGCUCAGCAGCUCACUCAAUGUUCUAAGAAAGAGAGCCUGUUAGCAGCCGCAUUAACGCCUAUUGUCCAUUUGCAGCGAGUUCAUGAAAGACACGCGAAGGAAUCGGUUAGUGGCCUGAUCCCAACUUUUCCAAAAGUGUAUUUGCCCAUUUUUGCCUCUCCUUACUUUGGAAUCUUCUCGUUCUCUUAUCAACUUUCUUUACUCUUAUUCAAACAUUUUUAUUCCUAUAUAUUUAUUCAUAUGUAUGUUCUUUUGAUCCCUUCGUACUAUGCUGGAAUGAGUGAACCACCUAGGCGAUAG